AUGAGCCCAGCGCUGGUGGUUCGGCUGCCCAUGGCAUCUCAGAGGCACCAGAGCCUUAACUUCGCCAACCGCCAAGGGUCUGCCAGGAAUAUCACUGUGAAAGUCCAGUUCAUGUACGGAGAGGACCCAAGCAAUGCUAUGCCGGUCAUCUUUGGCAAAUCUAGCUGUCCUGAAUUUUCCAAAGAAGCGUACACAGCUGUAGUAUAUCACAACAGAUCACCUGAUUUUCACGAGGAAAUCAAGAUCAAGCUUCCAGCCACUUUAACCGAUCACCACCACCUGCUUUUUACUUUCUACCAUGUCAGUUGCCAACAAAAACAAAACACUCCCCUGGAGACGCCAGUUGGAUACACCUGGAUACCGAUGCUUCAGAAUGGACGGUUAAAGACUGGUCAGUUCUGCCUACCUGUUUCAUUGGAAAAACCUCCACAGGCUUAUUCAGUGCUUUCUCCGGAGGUUCCACUCCCUGGAAUGAAGUGGGUGGACAACCACAAAGGAGUUUUCAACGUAGAAGUUGUUGCUGUAUCAUCCCUCCACACUCAGGACCCUUAUCUUGACAAGUUCUUUGCACUUGUCCAUGCUCUGGAUGAGCACAUGUUCCCUGUGCGAAUAGGAGACAUGAGAAUUAUGGAAAACAACUUGGAAAAUGAACUGAAGAGCAGCAUUUCAGCUUUAAAUUCCUCUCAGCUGGAGCCGGUAGUGCGAUUUCUUCAUCUCCUGCUUGACAAACUGAUUCUUCUGGUAGUAAGACCUCCUGUCAUUGCAGGCCAAAUAGUUAACCUGGGCCAAGCAUCCUUUGAAGCGAUGGCAUCAAUCAUAAACAGACUUCACAAGAACUUGGAUGGAAACCAGGACCAGCAUGGCAGAAACAGCCUUCUCGCUUCCUAUAUUUAUUAUGUUUUUCGCCUACCAAAUACCUAUCCCAACUCACCAUCACCAGGUCCGGGGGGCUUAGGGGGGUCGGUGCAUUAUGCCACCAUGGCUCGAUCAGCUCUUUUUCACGAAGAGCUGGCCUUACAGUGGGUUGUGUGCAGCGGGAGCGUGCGGGAGGCAGCCCUACAGCAGGCCUGGUUCUUCUUCGAGCUGAUGGUGAAGAGCAUGGUGCAUCAUUUGUAUUUUGCUGACAAACUGGAUGCGCCGAGAAAGAAUCGUUUUCCUGAGCGUUUCAUGGAUGAUGUAACUGCUUUGGUCAGCACAAUCGCCAGUGAUAUAGUCUCUCGGUUUCAGAAGGAUACAGAAAUGGUUGAAAGGCUCAACACCAGUCUUGCAUUUUUCCUCAAUGACCUGUUGUCUAUCAUGGACAGAGGAUUUGUUUUUGCUCUUAUUAAGACCUGCUACAAACAGGUGUCUUCAAAGCUGUAUUCCUUAACAAAUCCAAGUAACCUGGCAUCUUUGAGGCUGGACUUCCUUCGCAUCAUUUGCAGCCACGAACACUACGUCACCUUGAAUUUACCCUGCAGCUUGCUCACACCGCCUGCGUCUCCAUCACCAUCUGUGUCUUCAGCAACUUCCCAGAGUUCUGGGUUCUCCACAAAUGUCCAAGACCAGAAGAUUGCAAAUAUGUUUGAACUGUCUGUGCCUUUCCGCCAACAGCACUACUUGGCUGGGCUUGUGCUAACAGAACUGGCUGUCAUUUUAGAUCCUGAUGCAGAAGGUUUGUUUGGAUUGCAUAAGAAGGUCAUCAAUAUGGUACACAAUUUACUGUCCAGUCACGACUCAGACCCGCGGUACGCUGACCCCCAGGUAAAGGCCCGGGUGGCGAUGCUGUAUCUACCUCUGAUUGGCGUGAUCAUGGAAACCGUGCCUCAGCUUUACGACUUCACAG